ACUCAGAGACACACUAGACGACGUCGUAUAACGACGAAACGAUGACCACGCUACCAUACGCCGACGUCGAUUGCAACCUCAGAGCUUUAGCCGGCCGCGCCGAAGGCUUCGGCCGCUUCGCCGUCGGUGGCCUCCACGGAGAUCUCUACGUCGUCACAUCUCUCGCAGAUGAUGGACCUGGAUCUCUUCGAGAAGGAGGAAGGAGAAAAGAGCCGUUAUGGAUCGUGUUCGCGGUUUCCGGAACUAUAAAUCUCAAUUCGUACUUGAGCGUAUCGUCUCACAAGACGAUCGAUGGAAGAGGACAACGGAUCAAGAUCACAGGGAAAGGGAUAAGGCUUAAAGAAUGUGAACAUAUCAUAAUUUGUAAUUUGGAGUUUGAAGGUGGGAGAGGUCAUGAUGUUGAUGGGAUUCAGAUUAAGCCAAAGUCUAGACACAUUUGGAUUGAUAGGUGUAGCUUAAGGGAUUAUGAUGAUGGACUUAUUGAUAUCACUAGGCAGAGUACUGAUAUCACUGUUUCUAGAUGUUACUUUGCGCAGCAUGAUAAGACGAUGUUGAUUGGAGCAGAUCCUUCUCAUGUUGAUGAUAGGUGUAUUCGGGUGACUAUUCAUCAUUGUUUCUUUGAUGGGACUAGGCAGAGGCAGCCUCGUCUUAGGUUUGGGAAAGUUCAUUUGUAUAACAAUUAUACAAGAAACUGGGGUAUAUAUGCUGUUUGUGCUAGUGUGGAAGCUCAGGUAUUCUCUCAAUGCAAUAUAUAUGAAGCAGGACUGAAGAAGAAAACGUUUGAAUACUACCCAGAGAAGGCUGCUGACAAGGAAGAAGUAAGAGCAGGGUUGGUUCGAUCUGAGAACGACUUGUUCUUGAACGGAGCUCAAGCUACCUUGUUGACAGGGGUCGGAGGAGAAUGUGUGUUCCAUCCAAGCGAGCAUUACCCGACAUGGACCGUGGAGCCACCAUCGGAAACUCUCAAGCAAAUCAUCAAAAUCUGUACUGGUUGGCAAUCUUUAUCCUCUCCUUCAGAUCAUGGAGUUCCUAAGUAAUUGUUUCAAUCCGUUUGUUUUGUUGUGUAUCCUCUUUGCUUUUUGUUCUAGCUAUUUGAGGAGUGAACAAUGCUUUUUUUAACAGUACAUUUACACUAUGCUCUGUGUGAUUAGAAACUCAAUUAAAUAUUUCAAAUAAUGUAAACAAUGUUGUGUGUUUAUCUUCAUUUUUUAUUGUACACACAAUGAAUAACAAUAUUCAGACAGAACUGUAGCCUGAAACACAGUCAAGUGAUAUCCAGGAUGAUGAAGAAGACGAAGAUGAAGAAACAGAAGAUGAGGCAAGUAUUGGUGUUCCGUGGAACAAAUCAGAGAUGUAAUUCUCCAAAUUAUCUGGCUUGAACCUCACUAGCAUCUCGAUGUUUCUCUCUUGGCCGAGCAUUGGUAUGUACUUCCUGUAAAACUCUCUGUAAGCUGGUACAAGUUUCUUUGCUAUUGAAACCUUCAGUCCGUCCCUGAGCUUCGCAUCUUGUACAACUCGUGAUGAUUGUUUCGUAUAUGCUUCCUCAAAUGCAGUGUGAAACCUUCUGAAAUAUGUUUUGGCCUCCGCUGGUGAUAGGUCUGUGGGUUCCUCUGGUAAAGACAUGUAUACAUUGGACCAUGCUGCUAUCUCAUAGUUCGCAGUGUAAGCGUUUAGUUUAUCUUCGUGCUUAGUGAUCCAACCUUCUCCAAGGAGAUCCCUCAGGUGAGUUGAACGGACCGUAUCAAUGAUGAAGUGAAGGUUGUUUGCAAGGAAGAGGUAUGAUAGUGAAACAUCCUUGUAAUGUUCUGCUUUGGUGUCUAGCUUGCAUAGCAAGACAAGAAUGAGCCAAGCAAAGUGUACUGAGAGUGCGUGAUUGUGCUCUUCAUGUUCUAACAUUGGGGUUCUCACAUAAGCUUCAAGCAACCGUGUGUUUCUCGGGAGCGGAUGGUCUGCAAUGAUUUCAGACAAGACACGGCUGUGUUUAGAAAGAGAAGAGAUGAAACUCAUUGUUGAUCUGGUCAGCUUAUGAACCCCUCCUCCAGGUGUAAGAGCCUUGGUCGAAUCCUUCUGAAGAGUUGAUUCAAAAUCAAUGAGAGCACUGUGGAUUGAAACCUUUAGCUUUUGCAAAGAUGUGAGUGCCUGAGACUUCACACCAGCUACUGAACUGAAGUUGAAUAUUAUCUCUAUAUCCUGCGAGAGAUCAGAGAUCGAAGCCUGGAGAUCCAUAAGAGAGAAGAUCCUCUCGUGAGACUUCUUCUCCUUGGCUACAAACUCAGGGAACUUGAAAAGGUUAAUGCCUGCUUCAUAUGCAAUCUCGUAAAAGCAUGACUCUCUCGUUGAAUUUGAAGCAGAGAAGACAUGAUCACAGAGAAGUUUUUCUCCACGGAAGAGCGUGACAACACCAAUCUUUGCAGCUUUGAUCCAGUUCUUGAUCAUAUGCUCGAGCGUGACCCAGUCCGUUCUGUAAAACCUUGAGCCUCUGUAGGUUUCAAUCCCAACCUUUAAGUCAGACAUCACCACAGCUGAAGCUUUCUCAACCUGAAUGAUGGACUCACCAGCUUUCUUGAUCUCAUUGUCAUCGUCAUCAUCACCUUGCGUACUAUCUUCAAACUCAGAGUUGCUGGAGAUUGAAGAUUGAGCAGAAACUGAUUCAGGGUCAAGCUUGUCUCUGUUUGAAGAUAAUAUCUGGAAGAACUCUUUCUCCAGCCUCGUCAUGGCGAUCUGCAUCAGGGUCUGCGCAAGUGCAAGCUUGGGUGAUUGCGAGUCUUGGGAGACAAGAUAGUGCAUCGCUUUGCGCAAGUCACGGACGCAUAUGAUGAACUCUUUGGCCUCUUUUCUGCUAUGGUUGAACAGAGAGACGAUCUUGGUGAAGGAAGGUGUGUUUGGAUCCCAUUUUCUUAUGACUGCUUCUGCUCUCUCCACGGCUUCCUCCAUGGAAUACUGAGUAAAGUUCUGGCUAAGACGAGAAGCUGGGAAAGAAGUGAAUGAAGGAGAAGAAGGAAGAGACUUGGGAGAUGAUGAAGAGAAGAAAGCAAACUUCGACUUUUUCGCCAUUGAAGAAGUAAGCUCUCUAUCUUCUUCUUCUUGAAUCUUUUUGAUGGUGUUAACUUGGCUUCUACUCUUUUGAUUCUAUGAAGAUAAGAUGGGUUUUUUAACUAGUUAUAUAGAGAGAUAUUUGGUCUUUGAGUUGACGAUGUGCUUACCUGUGAAUAUAGAACCAAAC